UCGUCGAAUGGAAUAGCUUGGUAAACGUAACACAAGGGUAUCCAGUGAGCUGUUGGCCACCUGUGAGCACACGUUUCAUAUAAAGAUUUAGUUAGCUAAUUCGAUAGUCGCAGUUAAUCAUUCGUCGUGGCCGUACUCUCGUCAAUGGUGUGAUUUCGGAGCAUUUUUUCUACCUUUUUUUUUCCAUCGAUUUUUGUUUAUUGUUUCUACGUAUGGUACUGUGAAUAGUGAAGGUGUUCCUUAAUUUUUAUAAGGUCCAAAUUGGAAAUUCUCAAAUACUGCUACUGAUCGAUAAAUAAAUCGCCAAAAUGGUGCUCCAUCGGAUUGUAGACGGCUACAGAGUACUGAUGAAUGAUUACAGCGAUCCUCGAGUAAAGGACUGGUUCCUGAUGAGCAGUCCAUUCCCGACGAUGUUGGUAUGUCUAUCGUACGUCUUGAUUGUCAAAGUAAUCGGACCAAAAUACAUGGAAAAUCGUAAACCAUUCGUGUUACGAAAAACUUUACUCAUUUAUAACUUCGUUCAAGUUAUAUUUUCUACGUGGUUAUUUUACGAGGCUAUGGAUAGUGCAUGGAUGAGAGGAUACAGUUUAAGAUGUGAACCAGUGGACUACUCUGAAUCACCAGCUGCCCUCAGAGUUGCUCGAGGUUGUUGGUGGUAUUAUUUCUCCAAAUUCACCGAAUUUUUCGACACGUUCUUCUUCGUAUUAAGGAAAAAGUACGACCAAGUCACUACUUUACACGUUAUCCAUCACGGUAUUAUGCCAUUGAGUGUAUGGUUCGGAGUUAAAUUCACCCCAGGGGGUCACAGUACGUUCUUCGGUUUAUUGAACACUUUCGUCCACAUAAUUAUGUACGCUUAUUACAUGUUGGCUGCCAUGGGACCACAAAUGCAAAGAUAUUUAUGGUGGAAGAAAUACUUGACCGCUCUUCAAAUGGUACAAUUCAUCUUGGUAUUCAUCCACGCUUUCCAACUGCUCUUCAUCGAAUGCAAUUAUCCGAAAGCUUUCGUAUUCUGGAUCGGAAUGCACGCCGUUAUGUUCUACUUUUUGUUCUCUGAUUUCUACAAACAAGCUUACAUUAAAAAACAAAGGCUCAUCGCUGAGAAAGCAGCCGCCGCUGUCGCCAACGGUAACUCAAAACCGACCGAAACUAAAGAAAAAGAAAAAAAGUCUUCACCCGAGUCCGAACAAAAUGGCAAUAUCGGAUUCUCCGUCAACUGGAAAAAAUUACAAUUCCCUUGCAUGUUACCGGCCGUCACCGACGAUACUUCUUCAUCGGACGACGACAAAUCGAAAAGCAACGCUUACCCUAAACCAGCUGGAAGCUCUCCUAAGACUAGUUACACCGCUGACGAGACUUCGUUAAGGAACCGAGCUUUCGUAGCGAAUAAAAAAUAACCUUUUUUCUUUGAUCAGACUGAGUAAACUUAUAGAAUAGUUGACUGUAAUUCCGCAGCUUUAUAUGUUCACCAUGGGGUGUUUCUGUUGAACAAUAUUGUUCUAUCCAAAGAGUUGAAAUUUUUUUAGUGCUGCUGCUUGUGAUACCAGCGGAAGAUUCCUAGUGAACUUCUGUUUUUAUUUACGAACGUUAGAAUUAAUUAGAUUUAUUUUUGUUAAACCGUUAUUCACGAAAUGGGCGUUUUGAAAACGCUACCAACGAGUAGGUACCUACUUGUAGUUUUAUAGAUGGUUUCCUUUUUUUUCGAUCGUGUGAUCGAUGAUUUUUUUUAUUUUUUUGUUUCGAUGUGAUGAUGAUGACGAGUUUAUACGUAAAAUUAUUAUAGUAUUGUGGGUCUGUUUUUUAUUGACAUUAUUGCGGAAAUUUGUUCGAUUAUAUUAAUUACGCUGAUCUCCAAUGUACUUAAUAUUAAGCAAUACUAUAUCUAUAAUACGUACGGCCAUCGUUUUUAUUACACGAAUCUAUUUCUGAGAUUUAAAUUACUAAUUUUAUACGUCAACGUGUAGGUUUUUUUGUCACGAUGGUACGUUUUUAUCUGAAAAUUUAUCGAAAGGAUCUUGAACUUUGCAUCAAAACAUCACAAAUUAUCAAAAAAAUAUUCGUAAUUCUAAAUUGAAACGUUUACGAUGAAUCAUUAGUUUUCUGAUUCCAAUAUUUCACCCAUUUUUUUUUUUGCAUCUGUCCACUUUAUUUGUAAAAUUGUUGUAUAUUUGAAUUUUAUUUAUUUCCUUUCUUUUAUAAUUAGGUAUCAUUAGGUUUAUGAAAAAGUAAUAGGUACGUUUCUGCUCGAAAUUUCGUUUUAUUCCGAAAUUAAUUAAUUCUUAUUUUUCCAUCUUCUGUCGAGUAAUUCGUGCCAACCUGUUGGAAUUUGGCUAGGAUUUCAAAUACUAUAACUCAUGCUGUAGAGAAUGAUGAUUGGAUGGGAACUAGGAGAGUUCUGUAAGAGUUCAUGAUUUAAAAAUACAAACCUUCUCAGGGAGGACAACCUUUUUACAAAAAAAAUUAUGAAUUUUUCUAAUUCUCUACAGCACUGACUUUGACUUUCUGUUCUUGAAAAGUAAACACAUUAUUAAUAUCUUUGCUCGUGCGAAAAUAAAUUAAUAAUUAAUAAUUUUCGUAUACUUAAUGGUUGUGAUGCUAAAGCCUGGAGUAUUCCUAGUGAAAUUAUUCGGAAUAUUGACACCGCUACGAGCUGUGUUCUUUUGUACAAAUUAAAAUAUUAAUACGUUCCAAUUCUGUUGUUGGUUUCUAUUAACUUCUUUUAUUGCCAAUACAAAAAGCUCUCUUGCCAAUUUAUUUUAUUUGGUUGUAGUUUUACGAGUAAUUUUAUUAUAAAAUAGUUUCAGUUUUUUUUGUUCUUUUUUUUCAUCGUGUAAAUGUAGAUGUACAAGCUUCGAAUGUUUUUUUAGUAUUUUUUUUUUUUUUGUAAUUUGUAAAUUUAAUUCAGAUAAAUAAUACGAUACUUUUUAAUGUGAAGUCGAAAGUGUAAAUAAAUUCCGUUUUAGUGUAAAAAGUGAAGGUAAAUAAAUAAUUUCACUUGA